UGGCAACCACCCUCAGUGGCAGCCACCCAGUGGCAGCCCUUGUGGCAGCCACCCCUCAGUGGCAACCUCAGUGGCAACAGUGGCAGCCACCCCUCAGUGGCUCACCCCCUCAGUGGCAACCACCCCUCAGUGGCAACCACCCUCCCCAGUGGCAACCACCUCCCCAGUGGCAACCACCCUCCUCAGUGGCAGCCACCCCCUCAGUGGCAGCCACCCCCCUCAGUGGCCACCUCCCUCAGUGGCAGCCACCCUCUCCAGUGGCAACCACCUCAGUGGCAACCACCCUCAGUGGCAGCCACCUCAGUGGCAACCAAGCCCCUCAGUGA